UCUGAACUUUACCGUGUUACACUCUCAGAUGACAGCUAUGUUCUCGGUCGUGUUUCUUGCGAUCAUGUUGGGCGUCGCCAGCUGUACGAUCAACGAGGAGAGCAGGGAUUUCAUGGGAUACAAUCCAUCCCCGGUCGGUUAUGAGACUUACGACAAUUCAGCAACUUACAACACUGUUGAAAAAUGGCCUCCGACUUCUUUAGCGCUACCGAGUUUCGGGGCUUGCGGAGGUUCUCUGUUAAAGCCUCUUCUGGCGGGACUUGUCGGGGCCGCCUUGCUCAAACUGCCCGUCCUCAUCGCGGCGAAACUGUUGCUGCUUAAACUAGCACUUCCUCUCGGAUUACUGACAGCAGCUGCACCUCUCGCCCUUCCGCUCGUUUACAUGUUUUUCUCGAAGGGAAAAGAGUCUUCAUCGUCGACGCCUAAACCACCAGCGAUGGAAGAAGGUCGUGCUCUAUACCAAUUUUUGGAGUCGUCGUCCUGCCUGGAACGAAUCGCCUGCUCCGUCGGGCGGUCUCAAUCGAAAACCCCGACAGUCAAAGCAUUCUCCUGGAUGCUGAAAUCAUUGGAGUCAAUGCUUGGCAAGCAGGAGGAAGCCAGGGCCAGGGUCGGCUCGUAUCGUUCAGCAUAUUUAGCCGGUGCAGCUAAAGAUGCAGUGUCGUGUUCCUCGUAUAAAUGCAACCUUCCUGAGAUCUUCAUGCGCCAGGGGGAGUCUUCUUACAAGCUUUUCUGACCGAGGAAGUUUCGAGGCUGACGGAAGACUGAACUUUUAUUUUUUGAUUUAUCAUAACAACAGAUUCAACGUAUCCCUUACGUUCCACAACGAUUUGUAAGCUCAAUAUUUCUCGGGGAAAAGGAGGAAAAAAUUUUGUACUUAUAAUAGGCAAAUUAGUACUCAAAAGUCCCGUUUUUUCCUAUAAGAAGGGAAAUGAGAAAAAAUCAAAAUAUUAAAUACGAGAAAACUAAGUCACCCUUAUGAAGGCUAAUUUGGAUUAAAUAACUCGAGAAAUUUACUUUUCUUUUCUCCUUUUAAAAACUUUAUUUAUUGUUUCUUUUUAUAUUGAU